GGUUCGCGCUAAUCAAAAGCACAAGCUUCCGGACCUCGCUUGCUAAAUGAACCAACCAUAAAUCUUUAGCAUCUCUCCAUACUGCCUGCCUGUAUCAACUGAUCCUUCUUAUUCAUUCAUUCAAAAAAACAACAACAGAAUGCCCAAAUCAAGGGAAGUGGUGUCAUCCACGUCUGGUAGUGACUCUGACAGUGAGGUGGAGAAGACCAAGGCCAAGAGAAAGAAGGCCAGUGCUCCACCAGAGAAGCCCGAGGCCAAGAAACCGAAGCUGAGUGGAGAGGGCUCUCGACCUGGCGCAGGAGGGUCCUCUAAGGCUGCAGACAGCAAAACGGAGGAUGGCAUGUUCCAGAUUGGGAGAAUGCGAUACGUCAGUGUGAGGGAGUUUAAAGGGAAGUGUUUAGUUGACAUCAGAGAGUACUGGAUGAACCAGGACGGGGAAAUGAAGCCCGGCAAAAAAGGCAUCUCCUUAAACCCGGAGCAGUGGACCCAGCUGAAGGACCAGAUGUCUGAGAUUGACGACGCGAUCAAGAGAACAUGAUGACCGUUCCCAGGGUGCUGACAGUCCAGCUUGUCUAUCUAGUGAUCUUCAUGUCACCACUGACGUUUCGGAUGAGUCCCACAUGGCACCCUAUUCCCUAUAUAGUGCACUACUUUAGAUCAAGGCCAUAUGGAACCCUAUUCCCUAUAUAGUGCACUACUUUAGACCAAGGCCAUAUGGAACCCUAUUCCCUAUAUAG